UUCAACAACAGAUUACACAACAGCAAGCGAUUGUAGAUGAUCACCCGGCCAGUGAAGUUGCUGAGCAGACAAUGGAGGAAGCCAUCUGUGCUCCUGAAAUAGAGCAGAGUAAUGGUGAAGAAUAUAUAACGCUCGAGACAGUGGAGCUUGCAGAUAUAAUGAACUUCGCAGGAAAUGAUAUAGAAACCACAGAUGAAGAGACAGCAGGUCCAUCAGCUCCAUGUGUUCCUGAAAGCCCCCCUGCAAUCCCAAUCCCACCACAAAGGAGUGCUCCUGGACCGUUUAGUGCAAGGAGGCGAACUCCUGGAAGGGGAAGGCCUGUUGAAACCAGUGAUCAUUUAAAUGUAAUCACACAUUUAGGCAGGUCAUACAUGUUGUUAAAGAAAAAAAAGGCGAGACAGAUGUCGAGGCAUAUGUCACAAAUGCAGAACCUACAAUUGCAAACGGUGGAGAAGUUAGAUAAACUAACUGACAAGUUAGAUAAACUAACAGACGUAUGGCAGGAAACAAAUAUUGUUUUAAGGGAAAUGUUGCAGGCAGUACUCAUGCAGGGAAGGCCAACAACAAUUUCUGCAGUUCAAAAUGAGGAGCCAGCACUGGCAGUUCAAACUGAGGAGCCAGCACUGGCAGUUCAAACUGAGGAGCCAGCACUGGCAGUUCAAACUGAGGAGCCAGCACUGGCAGUUCAAACUGAGGAGCCAGCAACGGCAGUUCAAACUGAGGAGCCAGCAAGGGCCACAGUUACCAAUAGGGUUGGUCUGAGAAGGGGUGGGAGACGUGUUAGGCCGACUAGGUUUACAGACCUUUAAAAAAAUGUUUUAAGAUAUUUUUUUAUGUGUUUUCGAUUUUGUUCAAAUAAAGUUUGGCACUGGUUUUCAUACAUUGAAAUCUCUUGUUUGUUUUAUUUUUAUCCUAUUGGAUACUGACCUGUAAAUUUAAGGGUAAGAUUGCUGUAAGUAUAGUCACAGAAAUGUUUCUUGGGUAUAAAGGCACUCUACUGACAGGCCCAAUGCCUUCCUCCUACAGUAUGGUACUCCCCUAUUUGUUAUUUUCAUGUAUAUUUUUUAGCAUGUUUAAUCAGCUUUGCACUGGAUAAUUUAUGGGACAGCAUUUUUUAAUGGCUAUAUAAAUCAUUUCAAUGGGUCAACCACAAAACACAUAAAUAUUACAC